AUGCAAGCAAAUAGGCAUUCAACGGUUCGGGAGCUUGCUACCGCUCUAAAAGUGUCCAUUGGAAGUGUUCAUGGUCAUUUGAAAUCGCUUGGUUUCAUGAAGAAGCUCGAUGUUUGGGUACCGCAUGAGUUGAAAGAAAUUCAUCUGACGAAGCGUAUGAACGUCUGCGAUCAACUCACCAAACGCGAAGAAAACGAUCCGUUCUUGAAGCGUAUGAUCACGGACGACGAAAAAUGGAUUGUCUACAACAAUGUGAACCGAAAAAGGAGUUGGAGUAGGCGAGAUGAAGCACCGGAAAGGCAAGCAAAGGCGGACAUCCACCAAAAGAAGGUGAUGCUGUCAAUCUGGUGGGAUUGGAAGGGACCAGUCUUCUAUGAGCUGCUUCCAAAGAAUAAAACGAUUAAUUCCGAUGUCUACUGUGAGCAGCUACAGAAAUUAAGUGAUGCCAUCGCACAGAAACGUCUCGAGCUAAUCAAUCGUAAGGGUGUGGUGUUUCACCACGACAAUGCGAGACCACACACAAGUUUGGUCACUCGGCAAAAAUUGUUUCAGCUUGGUUGGGAUGUGUUGCCACAUCCACCAUAUAGCCCAGACCUUGCGCCAUCAGACUUCCAUUUAUUUCGCUCUUUGCAAAACUCUUUGAAUGGUAAAACGUUUGCUUCUGAAGACCUCAUCAAACAGCACCUUGACAAGUUUCUCGCAGAGAAGAUAGGAAGUUUUAUGAACGCGGUAUUAUGA